AUGGGUGAGGUGGCAGUGAAGCAGGGCUUCCUGCAUCUUCAGCAGCAGCAGACUUUUGGAAAGAAAUGGCGGCGGUUCUGGGCUGUGCUGUAUAGAGAGUCCAGUUGCACCCUGGCCCGACUGGAGCUCCAGGAGAGCCCAGAGAAGCAGCGCCGUGGAGAGGCCGCCCGGCGGGUUAUCCGUCUCAGUGACUGCUUGUGGGUGACUGAAGCCAGUGGGGAGGCCAGCAGCCCCCGGGACACCAGCACCUUCCUCCUGGAGACCAAGGAACGUCCGUGGCAGCUGGCGGCCCCUAUUGCAGAGCGUGAUGACUGGAUACAGGCCAUCUGCUUGGUGGCCUUCCCUGGGCAGAAGAAGGAGCUCUCAGGGUCUGGGCUGGAGGAUGUUCCCGGGAAGGGCAGCAGGCCCCAUAUGGAGGAGAAUGAAUUGUACAGCAGCUCUGCCACAGUCGUUGUCCAGAAGAAGUUUGUUGUGACCAUGAGACCCACAGAAGCCAGUGAGAGGUGCUGUCUGAGAGGAUCUUACACCCUCCGGGCUGGAGAGAGUGCCCUGGAGCUGUGGGGCGGCCCCGAACCGGGCACGCUGCUGUAUGAAUGGCCUUAUAGAUUUCUGCGGCGCUUUGGGCGGGACAAGGUAACCUUUACCUUCGAGGCAGGCAGGCGCUGUUUCUCUGGGGAGGGCAGCUUUGAGUUUGAAACCCAGCAAAGCAACGAGAUCUUCUUGGCCCUGGAGGGGGCCAUCUCUGCUCAGAAGAGUGCUGCCCCUCCUGGGCCCCAAACCCAGCCAGCCACCAUCCCCAUAGUGCUCCCCAGGCCGGAGAGCCCCUACUCCCGGCCCCAUGACUCAUUGCCACUGCCAUCACCCACCACACAAGUUCCUACACCCCGGCCUCGGCCUCGGGGCCCGGAGGGGGAAUAUGCAGUGCCCUUUGAUGCAGUGGCCCGUUCCUUGGGAAAGAGCUUCAGGGACAUCCUGGCUAUCCCUCCCCAGCUAGAUCCUCUGUAUGAUAGCAUUCAGGAGCAACCGGUCCCCAGACAUGAUCACAUAUAUGAUGAACCUGAGGGGGUGGCUGCUCUCUCACUGUAUGACAGCCCCCAGGAACCCCAAGGUGAGGCAUGGAGGAGGCAGGCCAAAGCUGACAAGGACCAUAGAGGCCUCCAGCACGUCUUCUCAGCUGGGCAGGACUUCUCUGCCUCUGGCUGGCCUCAGGGAACCGAGUAUGAUAAUAUUGUACUCAAGAAAGGCCCAAAGUGA